UGCUGCUUACUCAGUGAGAAAAGGACAGCCCAGCAUUACUGUAGCUGUCACUUGGACAUCUGGUCUUUCUCUGAGUGGAGAACACUUUGAGUUCCUAUGACAGUUUAGUCAAAGGGCAGGAAGUCAACUCCUAUUAGAAUGAAAGAAGACAAGCACGGCUUCAGCAGCUAAGGACCAAUACCACUUUGCUAGAAGGACUUCAGAAGCCAAAAGAAGAAUUUAAGAAGUUGCUUUAAAUGGCACCAGACAUGGCUGUGGGACAAGGAGGAGACUGAAAUUUCAAGGGCUGGUGGAGACACACAAAGAAAAGCAGAAAUAUGGAAGGGUCCAAAUCUGAGAAGAUGCACUUCCUGGCUGCUUUCCAGCUUUUUAUGCUAACACUUUCACUGACUAUGGCCUCUGACCAAGUCAGAGGGGAAUGUGAACCAAAAUUAAACAUGUGCAAUAUUAUGCCUUGUGGUAUGCCUGGGAGCAAUGGGUUACCAGGUCGAGAUGGGAAUGAGGGUCCUAAAGGAGAAAAGGGGGACCGAGGAGAGAGAGGAUCAAUAGGUCCUCCUGGAAAACUUGGACCCAUGGGCAUCAAAGGUGAUCAGGGGCCUGUGGGACCCAAAGGACGAAAAGGAGACUAUGGAGGAAAUGGAGUUGCACUGCCCCUCAUCCACUGCAGUUGGUGCCAUGGGUCCUACCAAAGAAAAGCCUAUGUGGAGUUGAGGAACUUCCAAAACCUUUAUCUUCAUGCAGAAAUGAAUUCUCUGAAGCAGCAAGUAGCAACCCUUCAGGAACAGGUGAAAAUCCUGCAAACAAGUUUCACCAAAUACAAAAAUGCUGAACUGUUCCCAAGUGGCCGAGCAGUGGGGGAGACAAUAUUCAAGACCAGCAGCUUUGAGGGCAACUUUGAGAAGGCAUUGCAAUCAUGCAGACAAGCUGGUGGGCAAGUAGCCUCACCCAGAAAUGCAGCAGAGAAUAUGGCAAUUCAGGAGAUUGUCACAGUAUACAAUAAGGCGGCCUUCCUUGGCAUGACUGACAUGAAGACAGAGGGCAAGUUCAUCUAUCCAACAGGAGAAUCAUUGAGCUAUUCCAAUUGGGCCCCAGGAGAGCCCAACAAUGAUAAAGAUGAAGAAGACUGUGUUGAGAUCUUUACCAAUGGCAAAUGGAAUGAUAAGAGAUGUGGGGAGUCAUGUCUCAUCAUUUGUCAAUUCUGAGCCACUAGUAGAGAAAGAACUAUGGUUUAUCUGCUGUGUACUAGUGAGGGGAUAGACAUGAUACAGGCUGAUGUCAAGGAGACUGCCUGGGGACCACAAAGGCUCAUCAUGUGAAGGACCACUAUACCACUCUUGACUAAUAAAUAAAAUCUCAAUGCCUUGUGCCA